AUGUCCGACCACGAUGUCCCCGCGUUCGAUGUCUACUUCAUCUUCCAGAAACAGGAGCUGAAGCUCGUCUUCAACUCGACAACCCAAGCAAAUGCAUACCAGGCCUCAAACCGCGAGGGUCGCAUCUUCGCCGCGGAGCCCACCGCUGUCUACCUCCCUCACUCCCCCGCCAUGACCUAUCUCCGCGACAGCAGCAGUGGUCUGGUAAUUGGCUUCGCGACCUCCGAAGACGCAGAGACAUGGUGCCGCACCUCCAUUCUCGGCCAUAUCUACUCGUCAGAACCAUCACCCGAAGUUCGCAUCAGACGCAACUGGACGGACGAAGAGCUGGAUGAGGUGCUUCGCAUUCAGUCCAACACGAAUGUCUUCCGAAAAAGUGUCCCCUUCACCCUGCGCCCUGCCAUGCCACCAAGCAUCACUCCUCCCGCAAGCAAUUCCUCUUCCUCUACCACUACCUCGAGAGCCCCGAGUGGUCAGUUCGCACCGCCUCCGUGGGCACAGGUCUCGCUGAACCUGGAUUCCGAUUCUCCGCCCGCUACGACGUUGACCCCACCGAAUCAAUAUCAACUGCCAAGCACAUACUCGCCAGUAUCGGAUCAGCCACCCAGGGGAAGUAUCAUAGCGUACCCCGGUCCACAGGCACCACGCGCACAAUCCUACGUCGCACCUUCAGAGACAGGGAACGGGCCAUCGCAAAGGAAGCCUAUUCCACAGGUCGACGAGCUGGGAGUCGCUCCUCUCCGACCUACACAUAUUUCACCGAGAACGUCCAGCACGAGUCUUCAUCGUGUAUCAGUUCAGUAG